AGUGUGUGUGAGUGAGUGUGUUUGUUUGUGUGUGCGUGUUUGUGUGUAUUGGAAUGUAAGUGUCCAUGUAAGCCAGUGAGAGAGUGAGUGACUGAAUGCUCAGAUAUACAUCUACGUAUGGGGGAGUGAGAACCAAACACACCUGUUGAUGCCAUCAAUUGUUGACCGCAAUUUUGUACGGAAAUUCAACUUGAAGUGCUGCUAGUGAAUGAAAGGCAAAUCAAUUUUGUGCGUCUGAAGGAAACUUCAAAUAUGAAUACAGGAGAUCGUAAAGAGCAUGCCUCUUCACCGCAACCACAACAACAACAACAACAGCAGCAACAACAACAACCUCAACAGCAACAGCAACAAAAAUCGCCACAACAGCAACAAAUUAACAAAUACGAUGCCUUGGAUAGUUCUAGUACCAAUAACAAAUUAAAUCAUAAGAAUAACGAUAAGGAUAGGGAUAUAAUAGGCAAAGAUUCGUCGAAAUCAACGAAUGUUGUAGUCAUUGAUGAAUCAUCAUGUUCAUGUCCAACCAAGACCAAGAACCAGGCCCAAUCGCCACAGGGCAGCGAGGUCAGCGGGAGUACGAGAAGUGGAGCAACUACAUCAUCGCAACGUCGCCGACAAUUGCAAUUCCAAAGGCAGAAAGAGGCCAAACUUUAUGACCCAGGAGAUGAGGCAGCAUCAGCCCCCGCCAAACCAUCCACAUCACCAGCCUCAGCACCAAUUCCUGCUCCCCCGCCUGGUGGUGAAUUGGUCAAUUGUAUAGCCUACGAUGAUAACACUCUGGUCAUUGAGCGUAAACCUUCGCCCACAUCACCGGCCACAUCCAGACGCUAUCUGAAGGCAGACACACCCACUCGUGGAAGUCGCAAAUAUAAUCGCAAGUCACCAACACUAACAACACCAGCAACAGCAAUUAAAAGCGAUUUAGAAGUGGUCAUUAUAAAACCCGAGCACCAUCAUCAGCAUCGCUCACCGACGAUAACUCUGCCAGUUCCCACAGUGGCCACAGGUGGCCAACACAGCACAGGAACUGGCAGCUCACCAUCUGGCAGCUCCAUUGGAAUCUCGCCUGCUGCCUCCACAACGGUUCUACAACAAAGUUGCAGCCCAUUAGAGGUUAACGCCAGCAGUGACGAGCCUACUGCCCAGCGAAACGGACAGAGACAGGAUUCUGGGACCACCAAGAAACGACCAAAUAACACAGAGCUAGCACUAAGCACUGUCACCAGCCAAAUUGUCAAUAAUAGCACAUAUAAGCUCGACUUUAAGCAGCGAAGACAUAAAAACAAUAAUAACGGUGGCUCCGAAGGCGGCAACGGUAGUGCUGGUGGUGGUGGCAGUAGUAACCAGAGCAGUAAACGUCGCAAAUCCAGUUGCACUUCGUGUGGCGGAGCAGGAGGAGCUGGCUCAAGUCAACGUUUGACACCAGAGGAAGCUCUCGUCGUAGCUGCUCAAUCGGCGGCAGCUGGCGCAGCGUCCGCUUGGCAACAGCAGCCACAGAAUAGUGUUACGAGUGCCGGAAGUACCAAUAGCAGUUACAGCAGCGGUGCUCGAGACGAGGACAGCAGCUACAGUGCCGUUGGAGGCGAUAGCAGCAGCAGUAACAGUUGCAAUUGUGACAUUACUGGUGAUAAUAGUACAUUGCAUGGUUUUGGUGUCGGGGACAUAAGCAGUUUCAUAGGCGACGACGAUUGUGACGAGGACGACGACGAUCCAAAUAAUCCAGAUCUUAGCUCACAGACUCUCAGAACUGCGGCAAUUGUAGCGGCCGUUGCAGCCGCUGCUAAGGAACAGGCCGAAACCGAGACCAGUGCGGGUGCUGGUGGCGGGAACACCGACUGUGACAGUUUCAGUGAUCGUCGUCAAGAUGCCGAUGAUGUACGAAUUAUUCGCUGUAGAAGCGGUGGCAAUGAUUCCCUUGAAGACGUUGGCGAUGUGGAUGACAAUGCCGAUGUUGUUGUAAAAAAGAAUACACGCAAUAAUCGUCCUUCGAUAAGAAGGACAUGUAGAAUCACCGAGGAGGACGACGACGACGACGUUGAAGACGGGGAGUACGACGACGAGCCGGAGGGCACAACAAUUGAUAUAGAUGAACAAGAGCAACUUGCCCAGCAGCAAGAUAACGACGAUCAAGACGACGACGACGACGAAGGAGAAGAGGAAGAAGAAGACGAGGAGGACGACGAAGACGUUGACGAGUACUACGAAGAGGAGGAGGACGAGACCCAAGCCUUUUCCCCCUUCUAUUCAAGUUCCGCAGAGCUAAUUGAUAAUUUUGGCGGAGGAGCGGGUAAAUUUUUCAACAUUAUGGAUUUCGAGCGUGGAGCAUCUGGUGGCGGUGUCUUUACACCAAAUGGCAAUGGAGGAGCCGGUGCCGGUGGUGGAGAUGUAUCCCAAUCACGUUACGAUGCAACAGAAACAAAUCUUGGCGGGGGUACCAACAUAAUGGGCAUCGAUGCCAUGGGCAUUGCAAACAUUCCGGAAACAAUGAAUGGCACCACAAUUGGGCCAAGUGGUGCCGGCGGUCAGAAACCUGGCGCUGCCGGUCCAAAGAGGCCCCAGCGACGGGGCAAACCACAACCAGAUCGACCGCAGCGAGCACUUUUCUGUCUGACAGUUAAGAAUCCAUUGAGAGCGCUUUGCAUUCGCAUUGUGGAAUGGAAACCAUUUGAGUUCCUUAUUUUAUUAACCAUAUUUGCCAAUUGUGUUGCCUUGGCCGUUUAUACGCCUUAUCCAGGCAGCGAUUCGAAUGUGACGAAUCAAACCUUGGAAAAAGUUGAAUAUGUAUUCCUAGUUAUAUUCACAGCGGAAUGUGUUAUGAAAAUAUUAGCAUAUGGUUUUAUGUUACAUAAUGGUGCAUAUCUAAGAAAUGGAUGGAAUUUAUUAGAUUUUACAAUUGUAGUUAUAGGAGCAAUAAGUACAGCACUCUCCCAUCUGAUGAAGGAUGCCUUCGAUGUGAAGGCAUUGCGUGCCUUUCGUGUGCUGCGUCCAUUGCGACUUGUAUCGGGUGUACCAAGUCUACAGGUUGUGCUUAAUUCAAUUUUAAAGGCCAUGGUGCCAUUGUUUCACAUUGCACUUUUGGUUAUAUUCGUAAUCAUAAUCUAUGCGAUCAUUGGUCUUGAGUUAUUCUCCGGUAAAUUGCACAAGACGUGUCGAAAUGAGUUUACAGGUGAAUUCGAGGAGGAAUCCAAGCCGUGUGGCGUUGGAAGGAAAUGUAAUGAAUCUCUAGGCUUAAAAUGCUACGGGGGCUGGGAAGGACCCAAUGAUGGUAUUACCAACUUUGAUAACUUUGGUCUAGCCAUGUUGACGGUUUUUCAGUGUGUCACCCUGGAGGGUUGGACCGAUGUUUUGUAUAGCAUUCAAGACUCUAUGGGCAGCGAUUGGCAAUGGAUGUAUUUCAUUUCCAUGGUCAUAUUGGGCGCAUUUUUUGUUAUGAACCUAAUUCUUGGUGUCCUGUCUGGUGAGUUCUCCAAAGAACGUAAUAAGGCCAAAAAUCGAGGUGAUUUCCAAAAGUUACGUGAGAAACAACAAAUUGAAGAGGAUUUGCGUGGUUACCUCGAUUGGAUUACCCAAGCUGAGGAUAUUGAACCAGAUGCUGUUGGUGGCCUAAUGCCAGAUGGCAAAACCAAACAAUCCAAUGAUAUGGACUCAACAGAGAAUUUCGGUGAAGAUCUACCAGAAAUUCAAAUGACUGAAUCACGUUGGCGAAAAAUGAAAAAGGAUUUCGAUCGUGUCAAUCGAAGAAUGCGACGUGCUUGCCGUAAAGCAGUUAAAUCGCAGGCAUUCUAUUGGUUGAUCAUUGUUCUGGUCUUCCUUAAUACCGGCGUAUUAGCCACAGAGCACUACAAGCAACCACCGUGGCUGGACGAAUUUCAAGAGUACACUAACGUAUUUUUCAUUGGCCUCUUCACCUGUGAAAUGAUAUUGAAAAUGUACAGUCUUGGCUUCCAGGGCUACUUUGUAUCCCUUUUUAAUCGCUUCGAUUGCUUUGUGGUAAUUGGUAGUAUUACCGAAACCCUUCUUACCAAUACGGGAAUGAUGCCGCCCCUUGGUGUCUCUGUGCUGCGUUGUGUCCGCCUGCUGCGUGUGUUUAAAGUAACCAAAUAUUGGCGCUCUCUAUCGAAUCUCGUUGCUUCCCUAUUGAACUCGAUACAAUCGAUUGCUUCACUCUUGUUACUGCUCUUCCUAUUUAUUGUGAUAUUUGCUUUAUUGGGCAUGCAAGUUUUUGGUGGUAAAUUUAAUGGUGACGGCACAGAGGAAAAGUAUCGCCAGAAUUUUGAUUGCUUUUGGCAGGCUUUACUCACUGUGUUUCAAAUAAUGACGGGCGAGGAUUGGAAUGCGGUGAUGUAUCAGGGCAUUGCUGCAUAUGGUGGUGUUUCGUCUUAUGGUGCUCUGGCGUGUAUAUAUUUCAUUAUAUUAUUCAUUUGCGGCAAUUAUAUAUUGCUAAAUGUGUUCUUGGCCAUCGCUGUGGAUAAUUUGGCCGAUGCUGAUUCAUUAUCUGAAGUGGAGAAGGAAGAAGAGCCUCAUGAUGAGAAUGCUCUAAAAAGAUCCCAUAGUCCCACUCCCACAAUUGAUGGAGAAGAUGAUGAACAUCUUAGCAUAGAUAUGGAUAUGGAACAUCAUGAAAUGGACGAAGAUAAAAUGGAUCAUGAGACUUUAUCCGAUGAGGAAGUACGCGAAAUGUGCGAAGAAGAGCAAGAGGUGGAUGAAGAAGGCAUGAUAACGGCACGACCACGUCGUAUGUCAGAGGUUAAUACGGCAACAAAAAUUCUACCCAUACCGCCGGGCACAUCAUUCUUUCUUUUCUCACAAAAGAACAGAUUUCGUGUCUUCUGCCAUUGGCUGUGCAAUCACAGCAAUUUUGGCAACAUUAUCCUUUGCUGCAUCAUGUUCUCAUCCGCCAUGUUGGCCGCAGAGAAUCCUCUAAACGCCGAAGCCCCUCUUAACAAAGUACUGAAUAAAUUUGAUUACUUUUUCACGGCAGUUUUCACAAUAGAACUGAUUCUGAAAUUGAUUUCAUAUGGCUUCGUUUUACAUGACGGAGCCUUCUGCAGAUCCGCAUUUAAUCUAUUAGAUUUACUUGUGGUCUGUGUUUCUUUGAUAUCUCUAGUGUCCAGUUCGAAUGCGAUCUCAGUCGUGAAAAUUCUACGUGUGCUCCGUGUUUUAAGGCCACUCAGAGCCAUCAAUCGAGCCAAGGGUCUAAAGCAUGUUGUUCAGUGUGUCAUAGUCGCUGUUAAGACUAUCGGAAAUAUUGUGCUCGUCACAUGCCUUCUACAAUUCAUGUUUGCCGUAAUAGGAGUUCAACUGUUUAAGUACGUGGUCAAAUGCGUUGUAGUCGCAAUCAAAACAAUUGGUAAUAUCAUGUUGGUUACAUAUUUAUUGCAAUUCAUGUUUGCCGUUAUUGGAGUACAACUCUUUAAGGGUAAAUUUUUCAGCUGCAGUGAUGGUUCCAAAAUGGUCGAGGACGAUUGCUGUGGCACAUAUCUCAUCUAUGAUGACGGCGAUGUCCAUAAGCCGCGACUCAAAGAACGUGAGUGGAUUAAUAAUCGUUUCCAUUUCGAUGAUGUGGCCAAAGGAAUGCUGACACUAUUUACUGUAUCCACUUUUGAGGGUUGGCCAGGCUUGCUCUAUGUUUCCAUUGAUUCGAAUAAAGAAAAUGGCGGCCCAAUACAUAAUUUCCGUCCCAUUGUUGCUGCCUAUUAUAUUAUCUAUAUUAUUAUAAUUGCCUUCUUUAUGGUCAACAUAUUCGUCGGUUUCGUCAUUGUCACUUUCCAAAAUGAGGGUGAACAGGAAUACAAAAAUUGUGAUUUGGAUAAGAAUCAACGUAAUUGCAUAGAGUUUGCAUUGAAAGCGAAACCAGUGCGUCGAUAUAUACCCAAACAUGGCAUACAAUAUAAAGUCUGGUGGUUUGUCACAUCUUCAUCGUUUGAAUAUACCAUCUUUAUAUUGAUCAUGAUAAAUACUGUGACACUGGCAAUGAAAUUUUAUAAUCAACCAUUAUGGUAUACGGAACUAUUGGAUGCCUUGAAUAUGAUAUUUACAGCAGUUUUUGCCUUGGAAUUUGUCUUUAAAUUGGCCGCAUUCCGUUUUAAGAAUUAUUUUGGUGAUGCUUGGAACGUUUUCGAUUUCAUUAUUGUUCUUGGCAGUUUUAUUGAUAUUGUGUACUCUGAAAUUAAGAGCAAGGAUACUUCCCAGGCCGCUUGUGACAUUAUGGAAGGAUGUAAAAACAAAGCCAAAGCGGCUGGUUCCAAUCUUAUAUCCAUUAAUUUCUUCCGCCUAUUUCGCGUAAUGCGUUUGGUCAAACUUCUUAGCAAAGGCGAAGGCAUACGAACUUUGCUCUGGACAUUUAUUAAAUCUUUUCAGGCUUUGCCCUACGUUGCUUUGCUUAUUGUCCUACUUUUCUUUAUUUAUGCAGUGGUUGGCAUGCAGGUCUUUGGCAAAAUCGCUUUGGAUAAUGGAUAUGCGAUAACACCGAACAAUAAUUUCCAAACGUUCCAGCAGGCUGUUUUGGUACUUUUCCGUUCUGCCACUGGUGAAGCUUGGCAAGAUAUUAUGAUGGCCUGUUCGGCUCAAGAUGAUGUUAAAUGUGACAGAGAAUCGGAUACACCGAACGGUGAAUGUGGCUCAUCCAUAGCGUAUCCAUAUUUCAUAUCUUUUUAUGUCCUCUGCUCGUUUUUGAUUAUAAACUUAUUCGUGGCCGUCAUUAUGGAUAACUUUGAUUAUCUAACUCGGGAUUGGUCCAUAUUGGGUCCACAUCACUUGGAUGAAUUUAUACGUCUCUGGAGUGAAUACGAUCCCGAUGCCAAGGGACGCAUCAAGCAUCUCGAUGUUGUCACAUUAUUGCGAAAAAUUUCACCGCCCUUGGGUUUCGGUAAACUCUGUCCACAUCGCAUGGCCUGUAAGCGUUUGGUCUCCAUGAAUAUGCCGUUAAAUUCCGAUGGCACAGUCCUCUUCAAUGCCACCCUUUUUGCUGUGGUACGCACUUCAUUGAGUAUCAAGACGGAGGGCAACAUUGACGAUGCCAAUGCUGAAUUAAGAGCCACAAUUAAGCAGAUUUGGAAGCGUACAAAUCCAAAACUAUUGGAUCAAGUUUGUCCGCCUCCAGGCAACGAUGAUGAAGUUACUGUGGGUAAAUUCUAUGCCACAUAUCUGAUACAAGACUAUUUCCGACGCUUUAAGAAGCGCAAAGAACAGGAAGGUAAAGAAGGUCAUCCGGAUAGCAAUACGGUUACAUUGCAGGCAGGUUUGCGUACCCUACAUGAGGUAUCACCUGCUCUCAAGCGUGCCAUAUCUGGUAAUCUAGAUGAGUUAGCCGAGGAGCCGGAGCCAAUGCAUCGCCGACAUCACACACUCUUUGGCAGUGUGUGGUCCUCUAUACGCCGUCAUGGCAAUGGUACUUUUCGACGUAGUGCCAAAGCUUCGGCUUCGCAGAGUAAUGGAGCUCUAACCCUGACUAUUGGUGGAUCCAUGGCUGCUGGUGUCGGUGGCAGUACAAUGGUUUUGGGAUCCGAUCCAGCUGCUGGAGAUUAUCUUUAUGACACCUUGAACCGCAGCGUGGCCGAUGGUGUUAAUCAUAUAACGAGAAAUAUAAUGCAAGCUAGAAUGGCGGCCAGUGGAAAAUUGCAAGAUGAGCUACAUGCCAGCAGUGGCGGUGAACUGAGAACUUUUGGGGAGAGUAUAUCAAUGAGGCCAUUGGCCAAAAAUGGCUCUGGUGGCAAUGCCUCUGUUGGAGGAGCAGCAUCAAUGCUAACUCGAACCUUGCCACCAGAAGCAAAUGCGAUUUCUUAUGACAACCGCAAUCGUGGUAUUUUAUUGCAUCCAUAUAAUGUCUACGCACCCAAUGGUGCUAUUCCUGGCCACGAGCGCAUGAUCCAAUCGACACCAGCUAGUCCUUACGAUCAGCGUCGUUUACCAACUUCAUCUGAUAUGAACGGUCUAGCCGAAUCAUUGAUUGGAGGGGUACUCGCCGCUGAGGGAUUGGGUAAAUAUUGCGAUUCAGAGUUUGUGGGCACUGCCGCACGUGAGAUGCGUGAGGCUCUGGAUAUGACGCCAGAGGAAAUGAAUCUAGCUGCCCAUCAAAUACUAUCCAAUGAGCAUUCAUUGAGUUUAAUUGGUAGCAGCAAUGGAAGCAUUUUCGGUGAUGCUGGCGCUGGUGGCGGUGGCGCAAUUCUUGGUGGCAGUGGUCCAUCAUCGUUCUCAUCGGGCACUUUGCAAUCACCACCGAUACCUGAUAAUCGUUUGAGACGUGUGGCCACCAUACAGACCACAACAGCCAAUAAUCAUAAAUCUCAAAUUAGCCAAAAUAACACAAAUAAUACUAGAAACUUGCCUACAACUAGCCAAAAUAAUAUCUCGCCCACGAAACAACAACAACAGCAACAAUCGCCGCAACGAGGAGGUCCAGGACCAGCGUCCUCUUCAUAGCACUUAAAUGAAAUGUCUUCUUGAUGGAAUUUGAAAUGUUUAAUAUGCAAACAUAAACACAACUUUUUUGUAUAAUUUUUAGCAAAGAAAAAACAUUUUUAGUAAUCUAAAUGACACCAAAACACUGAAAACACAUCCAAAAAACACU